UUCAAUCUGCACUGUUUGAUGCUGCUACUGCUACUGCUGCUGUCCUGCGCCUCCCCGAAAAACCCACGCUACCAACCUUACAAGUUACGCCCAGUCUAACGCCUUGCUGCUAAGUACUUGCUGCUGCUGCUGCUGCGUGUUUAGCUUCCAGUCUCAUCCGGCCGGCUCCCUUGCGCUGUCUCCCGAGUUCCCCCCAAUUCAACCCCAUUCAAGCACCACCAAUACCUCAAACACGACUUUCCGCAGAUCCCACCCUUCCCGCGGACGACACCUCACAUCACCUCACUUCUUGGCCUCUCGACAGUCUCCAAGACGCCCUCUCCUGUUGUGAAAUCUUUCGACCGUUGCAAGCCAAUCAUAGCGACUGCGUUGCUUUGCCUCCUGAGCCACUGCCACCGGGGACCGUCUUUCGGCCACUAGGUACCUACUCUCGGCUUCGCCUGGGGAUCAACUACCUACGGUACACUUGCGCACUCAGCCCGUUGACGUAGCGCAAGCCGACCACUGUGUAAUCCUAAUCCUGCGCCAGAAGGAGGCUGUGCUGCAACAAAUACGGACUGCUGGGCCACUUCUUUUUUUCCCACCACAUCAGCUACCCUCAGCAAACGCCCAGCUGCGGCGUCGCUUUCAUUGCUGAUUGUCGUUGUCGUCGUCGUCGCCUCUAGCUACACUGCUCCCGCCGAUACGAAUCUCCAUCAUCCACCGAUUAGGCUGCCAAAUCGUCCGCGCGACCACACCCUCUCGACUGCAUCGCUUCUUCCCUUCAUGUGUCCGGAAACACAACGAUAAUCCAAUCACCUCGAAAUUUGCAUGCUGGCCAUUCUGACACUUGCAAAUUGAUCGCCUAGCAACGCUAUCAGCCUUCCCGGCAUGACUGGACGACCUACGGGUGGUCCUCCAGGAGGACCCUUGAACAACGACCUACUACUAGACUUGGACAGCGAGCAACCGACCUACAAUGCUGGACAGCGAUCGAAUAUGAACGACGACGACCUUUUACGCUCUUACAACCACGAUCAAGACCAGGCCCAAGGCCGACCCUCCGUUUCGUACGAUGACUUUGUGGGCGGCGGCGGCGGAGGAGGGGGAGGGAAUCACACACAGCAACCCUCAGCACUGAGGCCGUUACCUGGAGGCCCUCAAUCGCCUGGUGUCUCUGGCGGCGCAUCCUCCGGCCCAUACAUGCAGAGACACUACAGUCAAACAUCAGAACUAAACAAUUACCAGCGAUACGCCGACGACUUUGACGACUACUCGGCCGAAGGCGAAUCAUACUACCAACAAGGCGGCGCCGCGACGAGUACGAACAAUGUCGGUGAUCCCUCCGCGAGGUCCAAUGCUCGGAACCGUAACAGCGUCCUGAGUUUGGGUGGAGGCUUCUUUGGCCGCAUGAAGAAUAAGCUUGGGAUGGGCCAAGGAUACUCGGAGAUGGACCUGCCCUUGACGGAGGCUGGCGGUAACGGACGGACAGACUCUGGCAUCGAUGCGCAAGCCAAGGGGGGGAAGAAGUUCGACAUGGGUAACUUCAAGUUUGGAUUCGGAGGAAAGAAGCCGGACCCUUCGACGCUGGGUCCGAGAUUGAUCCAUCUCAACAACCCGCCCGCAAACGCAGCGAAUAAGUACGUCGACAACCACAUCUCGACGGCCAAGUACAAUGUCGCAACCUUCCUCCCGAAAUUCCUCUUCGAACAGUUUUCAAAGUUUGCCAACAUCUUCUUCUUGUUCACGGCUGCGCUGCAGCAAAUCCCCAAUCUCUCGCCUACCAACAGAUACACUACCAUCAUUCCGCUCUUCAUCGUCAUGAUGGUGUCGGCAGGCAAGGAACUGGUGGAGGACUACCGAAGAAAACAAGCCGAUCACCAGUUGAACACGUCCAAGGCCCGCAUCCUGCGCGGAACCGCCUUCCAGGAGUCCAAAUGGAUCAAUGUUGCGGUCGGAGACAUUAUCCGCGUCGAAUCUGAAGAGCCCUUCCCUGCCGAUCUGGUCCUCCUUGCAAGUUCCGAGCCCGAGGGACUUUGCUACAUCGAAACAGCUAACCUUGACGGAGAAACAAACUUGAAGAUCAAGCAGGCGUUACCUGAGACGUGUACGAUGGUCAGCUCCAGCGAUCUGAGCCGACUCGGAGGAAGAAUCAAGUCCGAACAGCCCAACAGCAGUCUUUACACGUAUGAGGCCACCCUGACAAUGCAGGCUGGGGGUGGUGAAAAAGAGCUGCCCCUCAACCCCGAGCAGCUUCUGCUUCGAGGUGCCACUCUUCGUAAUACGCCUUGGAUUCAUGGUGUUGUUGUCUUCACUGGACACGAGACAAAGCUCAUGCGUAACGCCACUGCUGCACCCAUCAAACGCACAAAGGUCGAGAAGAAGCUGAACAUUCUUGUUCUCGUGCUGGUCGGUAUCCUCCUUGUGCUUAGCGUCAUUUGCACAGUAGGCGAUCUUGUUCAGCGCAAGGUUGAGGGCCAAGCUCUCCAGUACCUGAUGCUUGACUCUACCGGAUCAGCAAACGACAUCAUCAAGACCUUCUUCAAGGACAUGGUCACAUAUUGGGUUUUGUUCUCCUCCCUCGUGCCCAUCUCCCUGUUCGUCACGCUGGAAAUGGUCAAGUACUGGCACGGAAUCCUCAUCAACGAUGAUCUCGACAUCUACUAUGACAGAACGGACACGCCGGCAAACUGCAGAACAUCGAGUUUGGUCGAAGAACUGGGCAUGGUUGAAUAUGUCUUCUCCGACAAGACGGGCACCUUGACUUGCAAUAUGAUGGAAUUUAAACAGGCUUCGAUUGGCGGUAUUCAAUAUGCCGAAGAUGUUCCCGAGGACCUCAGGGCGACAAUUCAGGAUGGUGUCGAGGUUGGAAUCCACGAUUAUAAGAGAUUGGCGGAGAACCUCAAGAGCCACGAAACGGCUCCCGUGAUUGAUCAUUUCCUGGCGUUGCUGGCUACUUGUCACACAGUCAUUCCCGAGAGGAGCGAGGAAAAGGGCGGCAAAAUCAAGUACCAAGCCGCCUCACCCGAUGAGGGUGCGCUCGUCGAGGGCGCGGCUGAGCUCGGCUACGUCUUCACCGAUCGCAAGCCGAGGUCUGUCUUCAUCGAAGCUGGAGGACGCGAGCUCGAGUAUGAGCUCUUGGCCGUUUGCGAGUUCAACUCUACCCGAAAGCGCAUGUCGACUAUCUACCGAUGCCCCGACGGAAAGGUCCGCGUGUACUGCAAGGGUGCCGAUACCGUCAUUCUCGAGCGUCUGAACGAUCAGAACCCCCAUGUCGAAGCCACCCUGCGUCACCUGGAAGAGUACGCUUCUGAAGGUCUCCGAACACUUUGCCUUGCCAUGCGUGAAGUUCCCGAGCAGGAAUUCCAGGAAUGGUUCCAGGUCUUUGAAAAGGCCGGUAUGACCGUUGGCGGCAACCGUGCCGACGAGCUGGACAAGGCAGCAGAACUUAUUGAGCACGACUUUUACCUCCUUGGAGCGACUGCUAUUGAAGAUCGCCUUCAGGAUGGUGUUCCCGAGACCAUUCACACGCUUCAGCAGGCCGGCAUCAAAGUCUGGGUUCUGACGGGCGAUCGUCAGGAGACCGCCAUCAACAUUGGAAUGAGUUGCAAGCUGCUUAGCGAGGAUAUGAUGCUCCUGAUUGUGAACGAAGAAAGUGCCGAGGCAACUCGCGACAACAUACAAAAGAAGCUCGAAGCUAUUCGCACACAGGGAGACGGGACGAUUGAAACGGAAACUCUCGCACUCGUCAUCGAUGGCAAGUCUUUGACUUACGCCUUGGAGAAGGACCUCGAGAAGCAAUUCCUUGACCUCGCCAUCAUGUGCAAGGCCGUCAUCUGCUGCCGUGUCUCUCCCCUUCAAAAGGCUCUUGUCGUCAAGCUGGUCAAGAAGUAUCAAAAGGAGGCCAUCUCGCUGGCCAUUGGUGACGGUGCCAACGAUGUGUCCAUGAUUCAAGCUGCCCAUAUCGGUGUGGGCAUUAGCGGUAUGGAAGGUCUACAGGCCGCCCGAAGCGCCGAUGUAUCCAUCGGCCAGUUCCGGUAUCUCAGAAAGCUACUACUCGUUCACGGCGCUUGGAGCUACCAGCGGGUUGCCAAGACUAUUCUGUUCUCUUUCUACAAGAACAUCACCUUGUACAUGACGCAGUUUUGGUACACUUUCCAAAAUGUCUUCUCCGGAGCCGUCAUUUACGAGUCUUGGACGCUUUCGUUCUACAACGUCUUUUACACCGUCCUCCCUCCUCUCGCUCUGGGUAUCCUCGACCAAUUCAUUUCCGCCAGACUCCUCGACCGCUACCCGCAGUUGUACAACAUGGGUCAGCAAAAUCAGUUUUUCAAGAUCAAGGUCUUUGCCGAGUGGGUUGCCAACGCUGUGUAUCACUCCAUCAUCCUCUAUGUCUUUGGCCAACUCAUCUGGUAUGGUGAACUCAUCCAAGGCGAUGGACAAAUCGCCGGUCACUGGGUCUGGGGCACGGCCAUGUACGCUGCGGUCCUGCUCACCGUUCUCGGCAAGGCGGCUCUGAUCACGAACAACUGGACCAAGUACCACGUCAUGGCCAUUCCUGGCAGUAUGCUCUUCUGGUGGGGCUUCAUCGCUCUGUACGGCACCGUCGCCCCCAUGAUCCCCUUCUCCGCCGAGUAUCACGGUGUCAUUCCCAAGCUGUACAGCAGCCCGGUCUUCUGGUUGCAGACUUUUGCGCUCGCGAUUAUGUGUCUUAUGCGCGAUUUUGCCUGGAAGUUUGCCAAGCGCAUGUACAUGCCGCAGACAUACCAUCACAUUCAGGAGAUUCAGAAGUACAAUAUCCAAGAUUACAGACCAAGAAUGGAGCAAUUCCAGAAGGCAAUUCGCAAGGUGCGACAAGUGCAGCGCAUGCGUAAGCAGCGCGGUUACGCAUUCUCCCAAGCAGAUGAGAGUCAAUCCAGAGUGCUUCAGGCAUACGACACGACGCAGCACCGUGGACGGCACGGUGAGAUGGCCAGUUCGAGACCCCAAGGCAGGUAGUCACUACGCCGCCAAAUGUCUCAAGAAAAGAGGGACCAAAGACACAUGGUCCAUGAUUAUUACGACUCGAAAGGGGGUUGGCUGCGUUGAAUUUUGAUUCCUUGGGGAUGAUGAUUCCCAUACGAAAUGGUAAUGCAACGGAAGCGACGACAGCACGAUGUAAAGUUUUGUGUCUUUUUUUACUAUUAUUAUAUGCAUGGUCGGGAACCUCCUCGUCAUCCGAGGAGGAACAUCAUCCCACGGGCUGGCGUUUAUUUUCAAGCUAUUCAAUGGCUUUUGUUUGUGUAACUACUCCGUGUAGGGGCUUUUUAUCUUCUCUUCCUCUUCUUUUUGACAGAAAAACCAAACAUUGGACGGUCACGUCGCAGGGGGGGCGAUGAUGAUGUUGGGGGGAAAGGGAUGUGGCGAGGAGGCUGGUUGGCAGGCAGUUGAUACGAAGCAAAAAAGAAAACAACCUCAUGUCACACGAUGCGGCAGGUCCGAGAUGGAAAGAAGGGGAGAGGAAUCUCACGUGGGAGUUGAGAAGACUCACAGCAAACAGGCAGAACGUGUGAAGUGCAACAUUUCUCCGGAGACAAGGUCCAUGGAUUGGAGGGGAGGGGGAAUAGGAGAACC